UCCAGUAUUUUCCCCGAUUUACAAUUUUGGGGGGCUUUUGCCGCUUCUUUCUGUAACUUGCGAAUAACAUUCUACCCUGAAGAUAUGAUGAGCGAAAGCUCCCAGUCUCAGUCUGCCACUGGAAAUGGAAGUCUAAAUGUGGAGCCUCAGGAUCCAAAAUCAAACCCUAAUCACAAGCGGGAGGCUUAUUCAGAAGCUAAUGAUCUGACAGCAAAGAAAUUGAGAACUGAAGCUUUCACUGUGCGUGAUGCUUUCGGCAGUGAAGAAGGGAACUCAGGAGCUGUUUCAGGUCAACAGAACGCCGAGGAACUAAAAGAAGGGGACUCAGGAGCUGUUUCAGGUCAACAGAAUGCCGAAGAACUAAAAGAAGGGGACUCAGGAGCUGUCAAAGGUCAACAGAAUGCCAAGGAACUAACGUUCGAGAUUGAGGCAGACGCAGCUGAGGAUAAGGGGUCUAGGCAUACAAUGGAAGAUGCCUGGGUAGUGCUUUUGGACGCCAGUUUAGAUCACCCUGGAAAACUGAGGUGUGCACACUUUGCAAUCUAUGAUGGACAUGGGGGCCGGUUAGCUGCAGAAUAUGCUCAAAAGCAUUUGCAUGAAAAUGUUCUUUCAACAGGAUUACCACGUGAGUUGUUAGAUGUAAAGGUAGCUAAAAGAGCAAUACUCGAAGGUUUUCGCAAAACUGAUGAGUCCCUUCUUCAAGAAAGUGCCGCAGGGGGAUGGCAGGAUGGUGCUACAGCUGUAUGUGUUUGGAUAUUGGGACAAAAAGUUUUUGUUGCAAAUAUAGGAGAUGCCAAAGCAGUUUUAGCUCGAUCAGCUAUAACUGAUGGUUCCCAAAAUCACUCAGAUGGAGUACCUGCAUUGAAGGCCAUUGUUUUGACAAGGGAACACAAGGCAAUCUACCCACAGGAGCGGGCUCGUAUUCAGAAGGCUGGUGUUGUGAGCUCUAAUGGACGAUUGCAAGGGCGUCUAGAAGUUUCCAGGGCAUUUGGUGAUCGCCAGUUCAAGAAGGUGGGUGUUAUUGCAACCCCGGAUAUCCAUUCUUUUGACCUUACUGAUAGAGAGCAUUUUGUCAUCCUUGGCUGUGAUGGCCUAUGGGGGGUAUUUGGUCCCAGUGAUGCAGUUGUUUUUGUUCAGAAACUAUUGAGUGAGGGGUUGCCUGUCACAACUGUGACCCGCCAUCUUGUAAGAGAAGCUGUUCGUGAGCGGCGCUGUAAGGAUAACUGCACUGCAAUUAUUAUUGUAUUCAAGCGCAAGUAGUUACCAAGGGAACAUCUGCCUGAGAUAUUUAUUGCUGCUGUGAUGACACAUAGAAAUGUGGAUUGUUUUGGACUACUGCAUUGCAAGGUCAAUGUACAAUGCGUGGCUUGCUUAUUACUGCAAAAUGUUAUGGCAGCGUAGUCUCCCACAUCAGUAGUAGGUUUGUUUACUUGUAAUGGUUUGCUAUUAAUCAAAACUGAAACAUGAUUAUUGAAAUUGUGAUAUAUGUUGAAAGUAGUUUAUUGGUCGAUAUAA